GUGAGUCAGUUUGUUUCCAUUCGUCCAGCGACUGGAAUCCGCGGCGAAGGCGAAGAAAACGCAGAAGGAGGACGAGGAGCGUCAGAGUUGAACCGAACUUUACUCUUUGGGUCGUACUCAUGGACAUAAGUCAUGCUGGUGUCCAGCAGACAACACACAGGAAGUCUGACACUGCUGUACUUCCUGUUAGGUGUGCUACUGCUUCAUCCUGAGGGGGGCGACAGUCUGGAGCUGCUUCCACACGCCUCCGAGGUUCUUCUUCAGAGGCACUCCAACUUUACUGUGGUGUGUUCUGGUUGGGGCGAGGUGUCAUGGCGCUUGCCUCGAGAGGAUUUUCAAGACGACGGGGUUGUGGUUGACAAGCAGAAAUUCAGAAGUGUCUUGCAACUCUGGAACGUCACCUGGAGGAAUUCUGGGAGAUACGCCUGUGAGGAAACCUCGUCUGAUCAGAUCAGAGAGAUGGACAUCUUCAUCCCCGGAUACGAUCCGGCGGAAUGGUUUGUUCCGCUCGGUCCAGGUGUGGUGAUGAAGGAGAAGGAGGAAGACACGAUCCCGUGCGUGGUCUCCGACCCACGGCUGAACGUUAGCCUGUACGAGCGUGGAGACACAAUUCCGGUGUCUGGACUAAAAUACGAGCCUGCUCACGGCUUCACGGGUCCCCUAAACGACUCGUCAUACGUGUGCGUGGCCUCUAACGGUUCUGAGGAGACCCGGUCGCAGGUGUACUACGUUUUCAGCAUCGUAGUCGCCAAAGAGAUGCAGGUGGACCUGAGAGCGUCCAGCAGCUUGUUGAAGCAAGGAGAACUUCUUACUGUCAACUGUACGGUCCAAGACGUGGAAAUGGUUUACUUCUCGUGGGACUUCCCUCGCAAACAGGAAUUUGAGCUACUCACAGAUAUUCUGCCCAAUCAAAUCCGUUCAUUUGUCCACAUCCCCAUGGCAACGCUGGCAGAUUCUGGUGUGUACGUGUGCACCGUUGAGGAAACACUUCAGGGACGGACUGUGACGAAAAACCUCACCGUGACCAUACUGGAUCGAGGAUACGUUUUGGCGCGCCCGUCACAUGACACCAACGUCACAUGUCUUGUUCACCACACGGUGGAGCUCCGGGUGGUGGUGGAAGCCCACCCCUCCCCCACCAUAGUUUGGACCAAAGACAACCAAAGCGUCGUGGCCGACACCAGCGCACGUGUGGCAGACAACAGCUACGUGAGCACGCUGACCUUGAGGCACGUCCGGCUGAACCAGACGGGGCGUUACACCGUAACCGUUGCCAACGCUGACGCUGAAGACGAGGUCGUCUUCCACCUAGAGGUCAAAGCACCCCCAAAGAUUAUCUCGCUGUCGCAGUCGAGCGGCGGGGCCAUGGUGUGUGUUAGCGAAGGAGCCCCUGCCCCUUCCGUCACCUGGUUCACUUGUCACAGUGCACACGGGUGCAAUAAUGGGAGCUGGAAGAGCCAAUCACCUGCCUCGGAGGACAACAUCACUGUCAUGGCGGACGGAGGCAUAAGCCAGGUGCGCAGCGUACUGACUCUGCAGACUCAAGCAUCCUUGACCGCCGUCCGCUGUGAGGCCUCAAACUCUGCUGGUCGACAAGCCAGAGACCUUCGACUCGCAUCUACUUCUCUCUUGUCUCAGGUGGCCUUGUUGUCGCUGGUUCUGAUUCUGGUCAUCCUUGCCAUUGUCUUCCUCAUCAUACUCAUCGUCCUAUGGAGAAAAAAACCCCGUUACGAAGUUCGCUGGAAGCUGAUUGGUUCUGCGAGUCCUGAUGGACAAGAGUUCACCUACCUGGACCCCGCCCUCCUGCCUUACGACGCCUCAUGGGAAAUACCAAGAGACAACGUAGUACUAGGUCAGGUGUUGGCUUCCGGUGCUUUCGGCCGAGUCAUGGAAGCGACUGUUUCCGGUCUGCCGGAGUCCCGGACGCCGAACAAAGUGGCCGUGAGGAUGGUGAAAUCCAACAGCGGCGCAUGUCAGGCCUUGCUGUCGGAGUUGAAGAUUUUGUGCCACCUCGGUCCUCAUCUGAACGUGGUCAACCUGCUGGGCGCCUGCACCACAGGAGGUCCCAUCUAUGUCAUCACUGAGUUCUGUUGCCAUGGAGACCUGGCGACUUACCUGCAAAGCCACAAACAUACCUUUAUACCUAACGACGCACACACCAAGAGAGAGGCCGACGGAGGUUACAUGGACAUGAACAAGCAGGAGGGCGGAGACGUGCACGAGAUCACCGACGUGUCUGAGAACGUGCGCAUGCUGCCAGACCAGCAGGAGGCAGCAUCGGUCCUCUUCAGCGACUCUCCGGUCCUUGGCCCUAACAACCUCCUCAGCUUCUCCUACCAGGUCGCCUGCGGCAUGAACUUCUUGUCCUCCCGUAACUGUGUCCACAGAGACUUGGCGGCUCGGAACAUUCUGGUGUGCGAGGGGGGCCUGGCCAAGGUUGGCGACUUCGGCCUGGGUCGUGACCUCCUGAAGGAGGAGGAUUACGUCGUACAAGGACAGACUUUCCUGCCACUCAAGUGGAUGUCGCCUGAGAGUCUCUUCCAGAAUAUUUACUCCACCCAAAGUGAUGUGUGGUCCUACGGAGUUCUACUGUGGGAGAUCUUCUCUUUGGGAGAGAGUCCAUACUCGGAACUUACCAGGACCCAACACUUCUACUCAGCACUGAAGAGAGGGCAUCGCUUGGCACAGCCCGAACACGCCAACUCUGACAUUUACGACUUGAUGAAGACGUGUUGGUGCGUGCGUCCCGGGUCCAGACCGCCGUUCUCAUCGUUAGUGGCCUCUCUCGACCUCAUGUUGACUGAUGACUACAGAAAGAUAUACGCCGGGCUGACGGAUGACUUCCUGACACGCAACCGUCCGGCCGUCGCGCCACCCAGGUUGACGCCCACACCCGCCGACGGGCCGACCGGCGCGAGCGGAAGCCAAGACCCCAAAGUGACAGUUCACCUGGAGGAGGCGGGUCCCUCUAAUGGCGCCUACAUCACGCCGGUCAGCGUGGAGCUUCAUGGCGGUGCUGCGCAGGACGCAGACAGAGCUGAUGAAGUGACAGCAUCAGGCGGCGGCGAGGAGCAGGGGGAAAGCUGCCUAUGAGAAUCCCUCCGCGGCCUCAACCUGAUGACAUUUUUAUGACGCAGUAAUCAUAACAAGGCUUUUUUUCCCCCUCCUUUGUUCAAAAAUGUAAACUGCAUGUUGUUUUUCUCAACAAUAAAAUAAGCCAACAU